UAUUAAAAAUCUCAAUAAACUAAAAAUAUUAUUAUUAUUAUUCUCUGCAAAAUUUCAAUCUCAUUCUUUCUUCUCCAACUAACCAUGUCUUCUUCUUCUGUCACACAAACAAAAACAGAACAACAACAUUUGAUGAAAUCGAGAAAACCCAGAAACCAAAUCCAAAACCACCACAAACCCAUUUCAGAAAUGGAUCAACAAACCCAAACCACUCGUUCCAACUUCACAAUCUCAUCUCUUCUUCUCUCCACACUCUCCAAUGAAACCGCUGUUUCUCAGCAACCCACCAACAAAAAGAUCAACUUUUUAUCUGCGGCAGCUAGUUUCAGAGGUUUGGGAUGCACUGCCGGGGCUUCUCAGCAAGUGUCGGUGCCGGCGGUGAUUCGUGCUUCUGCAGAUUGGACUCAUCAAGGGAAGAAAACCAGAAAAAAGAAGCAUAAGAGGGGUUCUGCAGGAGGAAGUAGCAGGAAUAGUAGUAAUGAUGGUUCUUCUGCUGCUACUUGUGUUGAUUUUCAAGAUGUUUGGUGUGGACCUGCUGCUUCUGUUGAUUGUGUGGUUUCAAAGAAGAAUGUGUCUUCAAGGGCUAAGAUUGAUUUGGAAAAGAUAACUCACAGAGAGCCUUCAUCUUCAUUCCGAAGGCGUACUACUACUGUCUAUCCAGAAGCCUUCUCUUUUCCGGAUACGGAUCCUGAAAUUUUCACGGCAUGCUCUUUUGGAACUUCAGCAUACCCUCGCCAUAUCAGAGAUCUCUCUUCUGAUGAUUUAUCUGAGAUAAUGGUGCUUCAAGGAAGAAUACUAAUGGGAGGAGGACGAUACAAUUCGCGCGACCUUUUCAGAGAUUUGAGACUAGAUGUUGAUAACAUGUCAUAUGAGCAAUUGCUUGAACUUGGUGAGAGAAUCGGUCAUGUCAAUACUGGACUUAAACAAGAUGAAAUGGAACCUCACAUAAGGAAAACUAAACUUCGAUUCUCCGAUGAUGCAUCAAAACAUCAAGUAGACAAAAAAUGCAGCAUUUGUCAGGAGGAGUUUGAAGAAGAUGAUGAGAUUGGGAAGCUGAAGUGUGAUCAUUUGUAUCACUUUGAAUGCAUACAACAAUGGGUUGCACACAAAAAUUUCUGUCCUGUGUGUAAGGAGCAGGUUGCAGCUAGACAUUGAGUGAAAAUUUCUUCUCAUGUUUCACUAAGACAAUAGAUGUAUAAUUUUUCAUAUCUCCAUAUAACUAUCAAUUUUUCAUUUUUUGGUGAUCAAUCAUCAUUUCAUCUUGGAACUUUUAGCCUCCUUUUUGAGGUGUCAUUGGAUGAAACAAUGGAUUCAUUUUCAUUGCCACAGUCCUAGGAUUUAUGUAUUGCAAAAACAAUGUAAUCAAAUCUUGGAGUCAAGGAUGUCAAAACCUUCUCAACCUUCACUAGCUCACUCACAGUUUCACCACAUGCCUUCAUUUGAUUAAUCUCCACUCGAGAUAAAGGCUGUACAAUUUUUGCACAAACUCUCUUGCUGAUUUUAUAUGACACUCAUUCAUUUAUUUUCUUAA